UAGAAACAACUCAACCUGUUUUUGCGCAGUGGGUAUGAUUUACGACGCCGGUCACUGGGGGACAGGAGUGUAUUGCUGGCUGUGCACAUUACUCAGACGUAAGAUGACAAAAUAAUAAUAGGGCCAUCUUGCGGCAGUUUGGGCUACUUGCGCGGGAGAUAAAAGUAACUUGGCGGAGUUUCCAUGCAUUUUUCAAAGCUGUGUAGGUCAUCCAUAUUUCCUAUAGCCUGUUUCCUUCCUCUCAAUGCAUAACAACUUGUUUUGGGGCGGGCUAGGUUUGUUUAUACGGUCAUUUUUUCGCGGACCUCAAAAGGAGUUGGAAUUCUCCUUCGUUGGUGAUAUCGAUAGCGUUGAUGGUAAUUAUUGAAGCUUCACCUUAUGUGAUUUUACGCUGCGGUGUGGUGCUGCUAUUGUAUCCGAUCUGUGUCGGUCCGAUGUGAAUCGGCUUGGACAGCCACUACUCUCACGGAGGGUUAAGUGUUAGGACUUCUGUGAACGGGAGAGAACGAAAUCGUGAAUUAUCUGAUUAUGUUAUGUUGACAGCCAAGGAGCGCAUGUCUCUGAAUUUUUGGUCUAACAAACCCAGAGAAGAGGAACUUGCCUUGUAUUUAAACAUGGGAGGUCAGAUAACAAGAAAUACCUUGUACGAUUCUCUGGGUGGCCCCUUCCCCACCACGUCUCACCGCUGCCAUCAUAAGCCCACCAAGAGAUGUCUCCCUAUCCAGCAGUGUGGGGGCAGCAGGUCCUCCUUUCCCCUGCUCUUCCACCCUAGUGCCAAGGGCUCCCAGAUCGUCAUGGACAUGGCCCAGAGGACCGUCAAGAGACAGGCCAGCUUCUGUAACGCCAUCACCUUCAGCAACCGGCCCAUUGCUCUGUUCGAGCAGGUCCGCCUCAAGAUCACUAAGAAGCAGUGCUGCUGGAGCGGAGCCCUGCGUCUGGGCUUCACCUCCAAGGACCCAUCCCGCAUCAACCCAGGCAACCUUCCUAAGUACGCCUGCCCAGACCUUGUCUCACAGAACGGAUUCUGGGCCAAGGCCCUGCCCGAGGAGCUGUCCAACGAGGGCAACAUCAUCUCCUUCUGGGUGGACAAGAAGGGCCGGGUCUUCUACCGUAUCAUUGACUCUAGCCCCAUAUUGUUCUUCUGCGGGGUCCAUGCCUCCGAGCCACUCUGGGCUCUCAUAGACGUCUACGGCCUGACACGAGGGGUCCAGCUACUGGACAGUGAGAUGGUGCCUCUCGACUGCCUGCGUCCUCACUCCUUCACCGCGGCCCACCGGGCGUCCUUAUGGCGGGACACAGACGACCCUUGUCUUUCUAUCAGACUGUGUGACCUUCGCCACCAGCAGCAGGAGGAAGAGGAGCGCCUGCACCCCUUUAGCUCCACCUCCUGUUCCAUCCCCCAGAACUCCCUCAACUCCCAGCAGUGCUCCCUGCUCCCCUCGCUUCUUGACAGCGAUCUCCACUUCCACCCACUCCGAGGUGCCAAUGUCAAAGCCCUCGAUGAGAACACGGUGACCCGGGGCGUGGAGCACCGCAGCGUUGAUGAGAGGACCUUGGUGUUCACCAGCCGGCCACUGUGUUGUGGAGAGAGUGUGUUUGUGAAAGUGACCAAGGCGGGUGGCACUCGUCUCGGGUCACUCUCCUACGGCGUGACGUCGUGCGACCCGGCCGGGCUUCGGCCCAAUGACCUGCCAUACAGCCUGGAGUCUCUGGUCGACCGCAAGGAAUUCUGGGCGGUGUGUCGGGUAGGGACGCCCCUGCAUAACAGUGAUAUCCUGGGUUUCGGGGUGAACGUGAAGGGGGAGGUAUUUCUUAGCCUCAAUGGGAUCAACGCGGGGAUGCAGGUGUGUGUGGACAACUCCAGACCUCUAUGGAUGUUCUUUGGUCUGCAUGGAGACGUUACACAACUCAGGAUCCUAGGCUCGUCUUUGAAUGCAGACCCUGAGGGGCAGUCAAUUCCCAGCUCCCCAUCCUGCACCCCUAACACCCCAACACUUCGCUGCAGCGACAGCUCCGAGCCCAACCCCAACUCCAACCUGAACAUCAACCUCAACACCAGCCUCAAUGCCAGCUUCCCACCAGCCUUCAGCAGCUCCACAGGUACGACUCCCAGCUCGCCAUUCUCCAGCCACCCAGAAUACCCCACUUUCCAAGUGUGCUCGGGCUCUUGGAGUGACGAGUGCACCAUCUGUUAUGAGAACGUGGUGGACACAGUGCUGUACGCCUGUGGUCACAUGUGUCUCUGCUACGCCUGUGGCCUCAAACUGAAGAAGAUGGCCAACGCCUGCUGCCCGAUCUGCAGGAGGACUAUCAAAGACAUUAUAAAGACCUACCGGAGCACGUAGGAUCGGCCUGGCUGUGUAACACCCUGGCUCAUUCACCGAGAUCAUCAAAGAAAACAUUGAGGCCUAUCAGUGCAUGUAGGGCUGACCUGUCUGUGUCACCUAUGGCUUUGCUACAGGAGGUUGCUCAUCAAAGACCACCAGAGACAUAAUUCAGUCUUAUUGGAGCAUGUAGGUUUGGCCUGUCUCAGUAUGGCUCAGCAACACUGAGAUUCAGCAUCAUCCAGUUGGACCGUCAAAGAUGUCAGAAAAACAUGUUGGGGCAUAAAGGGCUGGCAUUUCACCAUGACCUGUCUACUCUACAGGGGAGGCUUCUGAGAGGCGGACCGUUUAUACUAAUGGCUGGAAUGGAGUAAAUGGAAUGGCAUCAAUUGGGGAGCAUGGGCUUGUGGUAAUGUUAUGGAAACCAUUUGUUUGAUGUAUUUGAUACCAUUCCACCUAUUCUGCUCCAGCCAUUACCACCAUCCUGUCCUCCCCAAUUAAGUUGCCUGUCCUCCCCAAUUAAGUUGCCAUCAACUUCCUGUUCUCCUGUACCAGGUAUGUGAUAGACCAUUAAAGAUAUUAUAACGAUGCACAGGAAGAGGCAAUGCUGGCCUCAACUGUGUCACUAUAUCCCAGAUACUAGAUUGGACUCCGCCACCAUGAAGGUGGACUUAACCAGGAGGGAUCUGGCUCACUCACUGCAAAACAAUCAUCUUCCACCCCACUGGUGAUAGCAUUGCUGCUAGGUCAUUUCACUCUCCCAAGCCUUGAAGGCAGCAGGGUGAACUAUCUAUGUUUUUAUCAGCACCCUAGACCUAUCAUUCAGAAUGUUGCAGUUAGAAAUGUAUUGUACAGCACAGACAAUAUCAUGAGAGCUGGAUAAUUGUGUCUGUACAAUACAUUUCCAUCUGUAACGCUCUCAAUGUUCUGACUGGUUGAAUAAUACCCUUUGGACAAGUGACUAAUGAAUGAAGAGGACAGCUUUUUAUAGUUUGGAGAAGAAAGGAGUAUUGCUGUGAAAAAGGGAUGUUGUAAUCAGAGGAAGUAUUUUACCUGUGAAUAGCAAGGGGUAUAGUAAAUAGCUGUGUGCCUAUGUUGCACGAAUAACCCCUUACAUGCAUUCUCUACCCAGUCUCAAAGACACUACGCUCCAAAGGGGUUCUUCGGCUGUCCCCAUAAGAGAAUCCUUUUUGGUUCCAGGUAUAACCACUUUGGGUUCCAUGUAGAACCCUAUGUGGAAGCAAAAAGGGUUAUUGAAAGGGUUAUCCUAUGGGAACAGCCGAAUAACCCUUUCAGGUACUAGAUAGCACAUUUUUUCUAAGAGUGUAAGGAAGAUCACAUUCAGGAGAAAUGUGAGAAUGCAGUCAGCCAAUCACCAUAAAAGGUAAUGGAAGGUGGAUGUGGAUAGAGGAUUUUCUUUGUAGUCUAUCGUGAGGGAGACGUGACCUUAGACUUUGACAUAGUGUAGUAGGGGCACCUUGGUCCUGUGUGUGUGUCUGCACAACAUUUAGUGCACAGAAACCUUAGCUCCAAAACAACAGAUACAGUGAGCUCCAAAGGUAUUGGGACAGUGAUGCAUUGUUGUUUUGGCUCUGUACUCCAGGAUUUGAAAUGAUACAGUGACUGUGAGGUUUCUGGUGUAGACUUGUCAGCUUUAAUUUGAGGGUAUUUUCAUCCAUAUCGGGUGAACUGUUAAGAAAUUACAGCACUUUUUAGGGGACAAUUUUAGGGGACAAAUAAGUAUUGGGACAAAUUCACUUAUGUGUAUUGAAGUAGCAAAAGGUUAACUAUUCGGUCCCAUAUUCAGAGCAAGCAAUGACUACAUCAAGCUUGUGACUCUACGCAUUUGUUGGAUGCAAUUUCUGUUUGUUUAGGUUCUUUCAGAUUAUUGUGUGCCCAAUAUAAAUGAAUGGUAAAUAAUGUAUUGUGUCAUUUUGGAGUCACUUGUAUUGUAAAAAAACAAUAGAAUGUUUCUGAACACUUAAAGGUAACCUUGUCCCCAGGAUAAUUGCUAGAGAGACAGCUGUUGAAGGAGUUUAUGGUAAAGGAUAUUUUGGUCACAUUUUGUCUCUUUAGUUCGAAAGUCUCUGUAUGAUAUUUUGCCUUCAUCCUGUGUUUUUACUGUUUACACAGGAAACUGUAUUCACACGUGUAGGGUCAAGGAUCUACAGUAGCUGGUUAUUGUUGCACAGUAUGUGAGCUUUAGACUUGCAUUGCGAUCAUUUAAAACAAACUAUUUAUCUAAUCAUUAGGUUUUCAUACUAAUACAGUGUUUUUAAUCUAUAAUGUUUCAAAGACAACAAUGGUCAGGUACAAGCCACUUUUCAGGUUCAUAAAACAAGGUUGAAUUAUAUGUACAUUUUCUUAAGUGUUUUUUCAUGCUGUCAAAAUGUGCCAUCAUCCAUCUGUUACGGAAACUGAUCAAGGGAACUAUGUUAGUUUGAAUAUUAUAGAAGAGUAUUCAUGUGUGCCUUUUGGAGAAGAGAACUUUGAUCAGUUACAACACUGAAAUGUUCAGGCAAAUGAAUAUGCAGGUGCAUAUUUAUCCCAGUUCACUCUCACAUGGGAAUGAAGACUUGCGUCCAAUCACACAUCCCAUCUAUUGAUGUAAAAAAUAUGGUGUUUUAAAAGCCAACAUUUGAGUGUGUGUAAUAUGUACUGUAUGUAUGAAGUUAUUCAGCGCUAUUAAUAGAAACUGUUUAACACAA